AUGUCCAUGGACCAACUUAAUGUAGACAGCCCUCCCCUCCCUGAGACGCUCUUCCUAGAUCUAGUUAACCCUCUCUGCCUGAUCGCCGGCAUCACGGACACGAGUCACAUGCAGCCUAUCAAGCUCGCUAGGGUAACCAUAGUGCUUGGCAGGACCGAUUCACAGGGACAGUGCACGCAGAUCCGUGUGGAAUUUAUGGAUGACACCAGCCGCUCCAUCAUCCAAAACAUCAAAGGUCCCGUUCAAGAGGGAGAUGUGCUCACCCUAUUGGAGUCAGAAAGGGAGGCUCAGAGGUUGCGCUGA